AUGUCAAUUGGGGGUAAGAAAGCCCUUUGGGAUUAUUUAUCCCUCACCCCUUCCCCCCUUCAUGGAAAAUUUGUGGUUUUUGGAGGAGACUUUAAUGCCAUUUCUUCUGACGAUGAGAAGUGUGGAGGGAUUUUUCCUAAUAAGCAUAUCUUGGAGGACUUCUCUGCUUUUAUUCUAAAUAAUGACCUGGUGGAUUGCAAAACCUUGAAUGGGUCAUUUACUUGGACAAAUAGGAGAAAAUAUUUCUCGCAGAUUGCUGAGAGACUUGACCAUUUUCUGAUUUCUGACAAUUGGAUUUCCUCUGAUGUGGAUGUUGUGGCCACAAUCUUGCCUUAUGCUAGUUCAGAUCAUUUCCCAGUUGUGUUAUCAAUCUUCGAUGAUAGAGCUCUUGGCCAUUCUUCUUUUAAGUUUGAACCAAUGUGGUUUCGGGAUCCAUCCUUUCCUUUUCUUUUACAAUCUUGGUGGUCUUUGGCUCCUUUUGUUCAAGAGUCAGAGAUCACUGUUGAGGGUGUCCGGUUUUUCAAGUCUUUGCUUUCAGAAGAGUCAUAUGUUUUUAAUGAUAAUUUUUCUUCUUCGAUUCCUCAGCUGAUAAUUGAUGAGGAUAAUGCAAUGCUAAUGGCUCCUUUUUUUAUUCUAGAAGUAAAAGAUGUUGUCUUCUCAAUGUCCCCUAAUAAGGCCCCUGGUCCAAAUGGCUUUACUACUCUGUUCUUUCAAAAAUGCUGGUCAUUUCUUGGGGAGGAUCUUCAUCUUCUUUUAGAAGAGGCUAGGUGCAAUAGGUCUAUGUUAAGAGAGCUCAAUACAACUUUGAUUGUCCUCAUUCCGAAAAGUGAGAAUCCCAAAACUUUUGUGGAUUUUCGUCCAAUUUCUCUAUGCAACACAUUAUACAAAAUUAUUACUAAGGCUAUUUUUUUAAGGCUUGCUAAGCUCAUUCCUAGAAUUGCCUCAGGUGAACAGGGGGGUUUUGUCCCUGGUAGGGAAACAACAGAGGGGGCCAUUGUGGCCCAUGAGAUUCUGCAUUCUAUCUCUCAGUUGUCUAUUUUGGACAUGAUUUUAAAGUUGGAUAUGAUGAAGGUUUAUGACAGGAAGGUUAAUCAGGCUAAAUCAAAAUUUUUCUUUCUUAAUGUUUCCCCUCUGGUGCAGUCCAGAUUGUCUUGUUUUUGGGGCUUCUCUGUUGGCCAGUUUCCUUGCAAGUAUUUAGGGCUUCCAUUUUUUACUGGCUUAGAGAAGCAUAAUUUUUGGGAACGAAUCUCAGGGGCUAUUUCUUCAAGAAUUCUUCCUUGGUCUCACAAGUGGUUAACUUUUUCUGGAAAAAUUGUGCUUAUUAGAGUUGUUCUAAAUGCAGUUCCUAUAUAUCUAUUAUCUGUUUUAAAGGCUUCUAAUAAGUCUAUGGUUUCUCUACGUUUAGUUUUAAGGUCUUUUUUAUGGAAUGAUAAUGUUAAUAAGAAAUGUAGGAUCCCUUUGUUGGCAUGGGAUAGGGUUUGUGCUCAUAGGGACAAAGGAGGUGCAAGGGUUAAGGAUCUUGGUAAGCAGAAUUUGGCUCUUGGUGCUAAAUUAGUUUGA